UUCUCUAUGGUAUUCUUGUAGGAUUUUAGGUUAUGUUAUUUAGAUUUAAAAAUUUAGUUACUAUUUAUUUUCAAAGGGAAUUUAUAAAUAAUUAGAUGCAAAAUGUUUUCUAAAUUGGCUACGGCGUCAUUGAAAACUUUGUUCAGGUCACAAUGUGUAAAUUGCUGUAAGGUUAGAGUGCAAAAUUAUGCCACCCGUAAACGUUUCUAUAAAGGCACUGGAAUAAUCCAAAACGAGAAUAAGUGGGAAGUGACUUUAGACCAUCGCCGUCUGAAGACUCCAAAUGGCAAGCCUCUGCUGAUACACAACGAGGCCCUCGCUCGAGGCAUAGCGGCCGAGUGGGACGCCCAGAGCGACGUCAUCACGCAGCCCACCAUGCAUUUGACUGCCUUGUGCAAUACUGCUAUGGACAACCCUGGCAAGCUCACCAAGCAUGACAUCGCCAGCUAUUUGAUGGACUUCAUUGCUACAGAUACACUGUUGUUUGCUUCGGAAGAAGAAGACCUGAGAGCUCUGCAAGAAAGGAAGUGGGGGCCCAUCAUAGACUGGUUCCAGAAGAGGUUUGAUGUGAAGCAGGAAGUGUCACAAGGGCUAGAGGCGCCCCCCGUGACCACCGAGACUAGAGCUGCACUGGCCAAGCACUACCUGUCAUAUGACUUCCCAUCCUUAAAUGCUAUAGUAUUUGGUGUGGAAGCACUGAAGUCUCCUCUACUGAUGCUGGCGGCUGUGGACCGCAGACUGGAGCCCAGUGAGGCCGUCAUGUUGUCCCGCUUAGAAGAAGAGUACCAACUGCGACGCUGGGGCCGCGUGGCGUGGGCGCACGGCGUGAGCCAGGCGGAGCUGACGGCGCGCGUGGCCGCCGCGCUGCUGGUCGUGCACAGCGCCAGCGAGGUGCACGAGGCCAAGGUCAAGGCCAAGCAGCCCGCCUAGACCAUAGAGGGGAGCGGCAGAGGUCGGACUAUGUUAUUAUUAUGUGUAUAUAGAUUUUAGCGCGUAGAACUCUAGAGUUAUAAGUAUGUACAAACUUUGUUAUUGUUAUGUUAAGAGUCGUUAAAUACAGUCUGUUCAGUUUUAAUGAAUUUAA